AUGGCUCUCCAGGCCAAAAACAAACUCGGCUUCAUCGAUGGUACCCUCAAGCAACCUGCUGCUGAUUCCACCGAUCUCCUAGCCUGGGCUCGCUGCAACUCUAUGGUGACAUCUUGGUUAAUUCAUUCAACAACUCCAUCGAUUGCUAACAACAUUCUUUGGACCACUAAUGUCAUGGAUGUUUGGGAUGACCUCAGCGCUCGUUAUUCACAACAGAAUGCCCCCCAUAUAUUUGAGAUACGGCGUUCAAUAUCAAACCACUCUCAAGGGACUGAGUCCAUUUCAGUUUACUAUACCACCUUGAAAGCUUUCCGUGAUGAGCUUUCCUCUUACCAGUCACUCCCUAGCUGCACUUGUGGCGCUAUGACAACACUGCAUUCAUAUGUUGAAACCGACGCUCUUAUCAACUUCUUGCAAGGCCUUAACGAUUCUUGUUCCGCUGUUAGAAGUCAGAUCCUUCUAAUGGAUCCAUUACCCACAUUGGUUAAAGCUUAUUCCCUUCUUCUCCAAGAAGAACAGCAGCGCUCUUUACAAGGCUCUCGCCAAGCUACCUUCGAUCAAUCUGCAUUGGUCGUGCAGCACAGUUCUCGGUCAGAUUCUAAGUCUGGAACUCGUCCUCGCUACUAUUGUAACUACUGCAACAUCGAUGGCCAUUCUGACUCUCGUUGCUUCAAGCAACAUGGGUACCCCGCCAAUUGGACUCCACGCAAUUCAGACGGAACCAAGCCAAAGCCUUGUCGCCAUCCUCAAAGUUUAGAUCCUACUCACUUCUCGGCAGCGAACACUACCCAAACCGAUGCCUCCACAUCUGCGGCUCCCACCAUGCCCGCCUUUACUGCCGACCAAGUCCAGCAAUUACUUGCAUUACUUCCCACUGGUAAUACCCACCCACUGGCCAACCUUGCAGGUACAGCCCUCCUUGCUUUGCCAAAUUCGGACCAACAGACGAGGACGACUUUUGCGAAGGGUAAACGACAGGGUAGUCUUUACAUUUUGGAAUCCUCUAUUCCUAUGACUUCCACGGCUUCUGUUUCCCAGUUUGGUCUUGGCACUGGCAUCUUGAUUAUUACUGCUCAUCUGUUAUGUCUCACUUGCAUCAUUUAG